UGUGCCUCUUACAUUCAGUGAAGGAGUAAAUAUAAUCCAGAAAGAUGUCUCAGAGCCCAGAAGUCAUUGUCCCGAUGGCAGAUUGCAAUACAAAUGGUAUCCAGAAUCAGUCCUGCAGCUCAACAAAACCCAGUACUGUCGCCUUUUGUAACAUCUGCUACAGAGUGAAGACAAAGAGUGGAUUUAUAGGCUGUCGAAAAAUAGUUGAAAAAGAAAUUUUGAAAGAUAUCAAUGGAAUAAUGACACCGGGACUGAAUGCAAUUCUGGGGCCAACAGGCAGCGGCAAAUCUUCAUUACUGGAUAUUUUAGCGGCACGGAAAGAUCCUCAUGGCUUAACUGGAGAUGUUUUCAUCAACGGUGCCCCCCAGCCUGCCAAUUUUAAAUGCAUCUCCGGCUAUGUAGUACAGGAUGAUGUUGUGAUGGGGACUUUGACGGUGAGGGAAAACUUCCAGUUCUCAGCUGCACUCAGACUACCCAAAACAGUAAAAGCUCAUGAAAAGGAGGAGAGAAUCAACCAGAUCCUCAAGGAGCUGGGAUUGACAAAAGUGGCAGAUUCAAAGGUUGGAACUCAGUUCAUUCGUGGCAUAUCAGGAGGAGAGAGAAAAAGGACCAAUAUUGGAAUGGAGCUCAUUACUGACCCGGCCAUCUUGUUCUUAGAUGAGCCAACCACUGGUCUGGAUGCCAGCACAGCCAAUGCCGUUUUGCUGCUCUUGAAAAGGAUGUCUAAGCAAGGGAAAACCAUUAUCUUUUCCAUCCAUCAACCACGCUACUCCAUCUUCAGAGUGUUUGAUAAGCUGACUUUGCUGGCUGCAGGAAGACUUUUGUAUCAUGGACCUGCUCAGAAUGCCUUAGAAUACUUCAAGACCAUCGGUUAUGAGUGUGAACCAUACAAUAACCCUGCUGACUUUUUUCUGGAUAUCAUUAAUGGAGACUCGACAGCUGUGGCUUCUCCUAAUGAAACUGAAAAAGAUGGUACUCAUGAUCAGACGCUGGCAGAGAAAUUGGUAGAGAAGUAUUCAAGUUCUUCUUACAACCAAGAAACCAAAGCAGAAUUGGAAAAGCUGUCUUCAAAGGGCAAAACCAAAGGGAUCACUUUCCAAAAAAUCACCUAUUCCACUUCCUUCUUUCACCAGCUGAAGUGGGUCUCCAAACGGAUGUUCAAAAAUUUAAUAGGUAAUCCUCAAGCCUCCAUAGCACAGUUACUGGUUACGAUUUUCCUGGGAUUAGUCGUGGGUGCCAUAUUCUUUGGUGUAACGAAUGAUGGUAAAGGUUUACAAAAUAGAAUCGGUGCCAUGUUCUUUAUGACCACUAAUCAAUGUUUCAGCAGCAUCUCAGCAAUUGAACUCUUUGUGGUGGAGAAGAAAAUAUUUAUACAUGAAUAUAUCAGUGGAUACUAUCGAACUUCUGCAUACUUCUUCUCAAAAUUAAUGGCUGAUUUAAUACCUAUGAGGACUUUACCCAGCAUAAUUUUCACCUGCAUACUUUAUUUCAUGCUAGGACUGAAACCCACCGUAGAGGCUUUCUUUAUAAUGAUGUUUACUUUGAUGAUGGUGUCAUACACUGCAACCUCGAUGGCACUUGCUAUUGCUACAGGACAAGAUGUGGUUGCUGUCGCCAAUCUCCUGAUGACUAUCAGCUUUGUUUUUAUGAUUAUUUUCUCGGGUUUGUUGGUCAAUCUCACCAGUAUCAUGUCAUGGCUAUCUUGGCUCCAGUACUUCAGCAUCCCUCGAUAUGGCUUGACAGCAUUGCAGAUUAAUGAAUUUGUUGGUCUUGACUUCUGCAAUAUCCAUACAAAUAAAAACGGGAGCCCCUCCAAUUGUACAGAUGUUAGCACAAUUCAGCCGUGCACUGGAGAAGAAUACCUAAAAGGCCAAGGGAUUGAUGCAACUAGUUGGGGGUUAUGGCAGAACCAUGUGGCAUUGGCUUGCAUGACCAUCAUUUUUCUUGUUAUUUCUUUCUUGAAGCUACAUUUCAUGAAAAAGUUCUCUUAAGUCAAUGAAGUUGUCAAGUGUCCAAUCCAGUUGGCCCAAGCCAGCAUAAUGUAAAGAGGAGAAUGAGAAAAAAGACUAUUGUUCUUUCAAACUUUUCUUCUUGAUUAACCAUCUCACAAACAAGAAAAGCCUUAUCCUUCAGCCAAGAUGUUUGCCUUUAUAGUACCCUCAAAUAUUAUUUGGUUGCAUGUCAAAAAGUCUGAAAAUCAGUGUCAAUUAUUUCCUGCUUACAAGUAUGGAGACUCCACUUGAAUAGCAUUUAUUUUAUUUAUAUUUUAUUUUUUUUUUCAUAUUCCUGAC